AUGACGCGAUCCGAAUCUUCGCCGAGGUAUGCCGUCCUUGAAUACAGCUCAAACUCAAGAGCCCACCUUCUCGAUCUUCUGCGAAAGCUUGCACAGAAUCAGUCCAUUUGUCCCUCUUCCAUAUUGUGCAAAACCUUACGUCUCGCCCGAACCGCCUAUCCACGCCGAGUAUCCUCAGGUCCUCUUUCGCCACCUCAGUCCAAAACUUCUGUUUUCGGCCAAGUGGCUUCUACCAGCUCGAACCCGACAAACUUCUCAGAACUCGUUGAACAAAGCGAUCUGCCGGUCUCCUUAAUAUAUGACCAAGGAAGAGAAGACGAUUUAGCCACUUUCGAUGGCAGUGCAGGAUGUUUGUAUCUUUCACGUGUCAUCCGCCGCUAUACCACAUCAAUCUCUGCGUAA